AUGAAAGGAGCGGGUGUCUUCUCGUCCCCUCCACUCCCCAAAACCUCUCUUCCCACGCCGGGAGUCGAACCCGGGCCGCCUGGGGGCGACGGCGGCUGGUGCCCGGGUGCCACCGGGGGGGUUUAUCCAGCACCGAAUUAUCGCCCGCCGUGCCCAGAUGAGAGCGGGCAGAGCAGCGGUGCGCACCCCCGCUGCCCUCCCUGCCUGUCCCUGGCUUCGGCAGAGGUCCUUGGCCAGGGUGCCCCAUCCUGCCCAGAGACUCCUGGAAAAAAGCUCUGCCGGGCAGGAUCCCCCCCAUCCUUGUCUCGUCCCCCUCCUCCCCCAGGCACCCGGAUCAUCUACGACCGCAAGUUCCUGCUGGACCGCCGCAACUCCCCCAUGGCCCAGACCCCGCCUUGUCACCUCCCCAAUAUUCCUGGUGUCACCAGUCCUGGCUCGUCCGGCGAGGAGCCCAAAGCGGACACUAACAGCCUGAACCACCAGGAAGGGAAGCCAUCCAUGGGGGACGACGCUCAGUUCGAGAUGGAUAUCUGAGCGGGAACCACGGAGAGGCAGCAACUCCCCAGACCUGUGCACACCCCAGUCAGCUUAGCAAGGACCUGUCCCGGCGAGGCGGAGGUGGCAGCGGUCCCCACCGGCGGCCCCCUCCCCGCACCCUUCUCCCCCUCUGUCUGGGGAGUGCAGCUCUGGCUUCACCCCCUUUGCAGGUGACCGGUCCCAGCAUGUGCCGGCUGGAGCAUCCCUUCUGGAUCCGGCCCUAGUCCUCUUCCUCCUCCGCCUGCCGGCAGCCUGAUCUCCAUCGGGCUCCUUUUUAAAACAUCCCUUCGCCUCUUCUGCUGCCUCACGCUCCGCUCCCCCCUAAAGAAACCCAGACCCUCCUGUUACUCCAAACCUCUUGUUGCCGGCAGCUUGGCGGUCCGAAGCUGUGUCACCCCCUUUGCUCCUUCUCCUGGAUAAUAAUUUGGGCAGCCUUGUGGGAGGAGGGCGAAAGUAUCGCUCCUAAAACCGAGUGCCUGCUUGCACCAGGGAGGGGUUUUUUCAGCUUCCCUGGGACCUGCUGGCAUUCGGUGGAGGACAACGUUGACAGCAUGUUCCCUUCGGUGCUCCAGGUGCCCACAUCUGUCUCCUACCUGGAUUUCUUCUGUCUUGACCCUUUGACUGGGGGCUGUGUCCCCAACCCUCCAGCCAGGACUCAAAGUGAUGUAGCCAUAUGUUACAAACCCCCCCUUGCUUUUAUUUUUUUGGUACUAAAAAGGGGCACUUUACCAACAACGCUUCUUUUUUUGGGCUGGGGACAAGCACCUCUGGGAAAGUGCUUUCUAGUGCUUUUUUUUUUUUUUUUUUUUUUUUUUAAACCCUUUAAAAUGUGAAUAAUACAGGAGUGAAAUCCCUUGGUGCCAUCCGAUGUCUCAGGAAUAGCUGGGUGCCCGGGGGGGCGAUGCGGAGGCUCGCUGGUGGGACACAGCAGGGAUGUGGUGCUGCAGUGCCGGUGUUGGUGCCAUCCUCGGUGCCAUCCUCUGCUUGCUUUUUGCACCGGGGCUUCCCCCAGCUGGGCCGUGCUGCUUUGGAUAGAGGGUUUCCGUGUUAAACUCCCUGCCACUGCCAGCUGUGCCAGCCUGGCACUUCGUGGCCAUCCUGCCUGUGCCCGGCAUCUUGAAACCCCCCAGAGAUGGGAUUUAUUUUUGCCUCCUCUCUCGGUGCGACUCUCGCCUUGAAGAGCAGUGUUUGGUGAGGGUGUGCGUGGCGGGGGAUGCCGCGGCGGUGCCGUGCUGUGCUCCCCAAGUCCACCAGCCCCCUCCUAUUUUGUUUUUUUUUUUUUACUGCCUGUUGGGCUGUCAACAGCUUUGCAACCUUCUCAAGUGCCAUUUUAUCAGCCCCCCCACCUGAGUGCCUGCUCCAUCCAUCCAUCCUCCCUCGCCAGGGUCGUGUCCCCCCACCCCCCGGGGAACUGGUGCCUGCUGGGGUGGUGGCUCUGCGUGCCGGGGAUGGGUACGCCCCGCACCAGCAUCCGUGCUGCAGGCUUUGUGCACUUUCCGUCCGGUAAUUUAUUUCUCUAGGUGUGUUUGGUGCGGGUCGGCAUGGCGGGUGGUUGCAAGCUCCCAUCUUCCAGCUGCUUUUCUCGUGGCGGGGGAGGGCUGCCACUCGUUUUGGGGGGGAAAAGCAAAAAAUAAACAAACCCUUCCCCUUGCAUGGGUAGUGCUCAGUGGGAUGCGAUGUGAACAUGUAGCCAGCCGUCGUAGGCGCACGAGUGAGUGAGUGCAAGUAGAAAUAUGUAUAUGCGUGUGGGUGGGUGGUGAUAAGACACACACAAAUAUAUAUCUUAUAUAUAAAUAAAUAUAUUUUCCUUAAAGCGAAGAUCCUAGGAGGUCUGUUAGGUCCUCGAUGGAGGGAGUGACAGGGGCAGGGGGCGAGGACAUCCUUUGUGGAGCGGGGACAGCCGCUGCAGGUGCAGGGACCCAGCGCCCUCGGUACAGAUGCUCAUUUUGGGAAACCUGCUCUCCAAGCCAAAAAAAAAUUAAAACUUAUGGACAGGAGCCAGAGGGAAACCACGUUUUUUUUCUAAACACCCCCUUUCCCAACCUCCUUUUGUCUCCAUUCCCCAUCCCAGCGACUUUCUCCUGGUUCUCUUUUAUAACCGGGCUCGGGACUGAAGAGCAGGGAGGGAGUGCCUGGCCUCGCCGGGGCAGCUCCUCUGCUAGUCAGGGUAUAGAUUUGGGUUUUUUUACCGACUUCAAGCAGGUGUUUGGGAGGAGAAAAGCUCUCGCCAGUGGUUGCUGUUACAGUGAGAUCAAUAAAGAUCUUUGUUCUAUUAAA